UGGGCUGUUCAGUCUAAGUUGGGAUUUGAAGAAUCUAAGAUGCGUCUAGCUACCGUGCUACUUGUGGCAAUCGCCGUUCUCCUAAUUUCGGGAUACGAGGCAGCCGUUUCCCGAGGCGUCUUCAAGGAUCCAGCCCAUCCUGGAAAGUGUGUUCUCGAAGGAUUGGUUCUCGAAAAAGGGCAGAUUGCACGCCACCCACAGAGAUGUGAGCAAAUUUUAUGCGAAGAAGAUAGUGCGGUAGAAAUACAAACUUGUGGUGCCUACGGACUUCCUCCCGGAAAAAUGUUUGGAAAAUACACGGCUCCGAAAGCAGAUUACCCUGCCUGCUGUGAUCGUGAAAUUAUCAACCAGUAAAUCCGUUUUUGAUAUAAACAAAAUUGAGCACAUCGAAACGAGUUAGCAAGCUGAGUAAUUAAAAAUUAAUUAAUUAAUUAGUUUAGAAUUGGGCUAAUAACUUAGGACCGAAUUUGUAUAAUAUAUAUAUAUAUAAUAUAUAAUAUAUAAUAUAAUUGUACAGUCUAUUGAAGUGAGGUCCAUUUUUAAUCGGUAAAAUAUAAUUUGAGUGUGGAAAAAUAAAAAACACAGUUGUCGGGUCUGUAUGUUUUUUCUUAUGGCCAAAAUUGAAGACAAAAUCUAUCUCUACGCCACCUCUGCUGAGCGAUAAUCUUUCCUUAUCUAAGCUCCAAAGCUCUGCAUUUAAGUCGCCAUAUCAAUCGCUUUCGUAACUUAUUCAUAUGCGAAUCGAUGCAGAAUCUCGUUUGAUCAAACAUUUGAAACAUAAAAAAAUAUAAUUUAUAUUUUAUAAAAACACA